AAUUGAUUGGGACAGCGGACAUUAGAUUUGUAUACUUAUAGUACCUGAAUUUCCUAUUAAUAUUUCUCUUUUAACACCAUACAUUUUUCAUGAUAUUUUAGUUGCUCGCAUGAAUCAGGAUUUGCCAGAUACUCUUCAGAAAUGGCACGAAUUAUCCACUUUAUUGGAAAGAAAUCAGACAGCGGCUACUAUUCGACUAUAUGAAUUGGAAAAAAGAGUAGAAAAGUUGCGAACUAAUUUCAUAAAAUAUAGAGCAUUCGCAGAUACUCAGCAAAAUUAUGCCAAGGAAGAAAAAAUAGUGGCAGACUUCGGAGCGAAAAUUGAAGCGAUAGUGACUGACAUGGAUAAAUUUAAAGAUCACUAUUCCGACAUAGUUAACAAACAAUCAAGAAUGCAAACGGAUCUAAAUGACCUUAAUUUCAUCUAGCACUUGCUGAGGAUUAACCUGCAGAUCCAGUACGUUUAGGAGCGCCAACCAAACCAAUCACUCCUGCCCAAUGCUACUGCGCAAACAGGUCUUCAACCUUCGAAGUGUUAACCUAUUUUCAAAUCUAAAAAAUGGUCGGAUAAAGACUUUUAUCACCCUGAUUCAAGGUGUCAAUAAAAGUCUCAGGUAGCUCUUUUUUUAAUGUUAGACCAGUACCUGAAAGAAAGGCCAUCGUUAAAAAUCAAGUUUUGAAGAAAAAAAGGUACACCUGCACCACAUUGUAAAUUCAGCAAUGAAAUCGUCUGUCGCUGUUUGAUAGACAUCUAGCCAGUCCUUUUGUUAGAAACUACUAGGGUCCAACUUAAGAAUUUUCUUUGGCAAGAUGUUCUGAAUAUUUUUGAGUCGUUUUUUUUUGAUUGACAAAUCUCAAAUUUAUUUGAUCCAAAUAAUGAUCAAGUAUGGGAAUAAAAAUUGGGUAACGAAAAAAGGGGUUUCUACGCUUCCGUCGUAAUUUGUACGAUAUACUCGACGUGGCACACUUUUAGUUAAGAUAAGACCAGCCUUAUUUGCUUCCUCCUCAGCUAAUUUGAAGAUUCUUUUAAGGUUUUCUUCUGCAUUUUGUCGCAUAUCGGUUAGUUCUGUAUACACAUAUUUGACGUAAUCUACACAGCGGCUGAAACCACACUCCUUUUCGUGCAGUGGCACACUGAGAGCCUUCGUUAAUGCAAAAAUAGGCUUAGUCGUGGUAAGUGCAACUACAAAUUGGGAUUGUCUUAUUGAAGUGAUUAACAUAUGAGGCGAAGCAAAUGUGUUCAUAUAAGUCAAAAAGCAGACUAAGGGAGUUAAGUGUUCCAUCUAACGUGUUUCGCAAAACUUUAGGAGACGUGUUUGUUUUGCAGUUGGACAACACUUUUUAUCCGAUUUUUUAACACCUGAGCUGCUUUUGUAGACUGCCGGAAUAAAUUUACAUUUUCUUUCAUGGUGAAAAUGCGGUUUUUUAUAAGUGUUAUUUUGCAUGCAUGGCCCAGUUUAAAUUAUGGUUGGCGCAAUCGACAUAAUAAGCCGUAUAAAGCAUAUGUUUACGGUUCGGCAAACCA